AAAAGAAAGAGAGAAGCAGUCAGAGAGAGAAAGAAAAAUAGUGUAAGAGAUAUGAAUAGAUUUUUGAGAGGGUGAGAGAGGUGUAUAAGAGUGGUUUAUCUUAGAAAACUGUUAAUAUUUGGCAUACGAUUAUAUAAACACUUAAUUCGCUAACAAGGCAAGAGUAACGAUGGAUGUGUUCGGCUUGACAGAUUAUGCCACUACUUUGGCACUCGUAGCUGUGCUUAUUUUAACUUUCUAUCUGUUUGGAAGAAGAAACUUUUCAUAUUUCAAAGAACUCGGUCUCUCUGGUCCCGAACCUAUUUCUCAUCUAGGAAACAUGAUGGAAAUGAAUAAAUUGGGUUUUACUAAAGUAUUCAAACACUGGAGGGAAAUCUAUGGUGACGUAUAUGGUAUGUACUUUGGAGUAGUUCCAAAUUGUGUUGUAACUGAUCCAGAAUUUGUCCAAGAAGUUUUAGUCAAAAGAUUUUCAAACUUUGUCAAUCGAACAGUAAUUGCUUUGCCCUCUUCUGGAAAAUUCAUAGCAAAGUCCGGAUUGGUAAAAUUCCUUAUUGGGAAGCAAUUCUUCUUCAGGAAGUUUUGCAAGAAACUAAUAGAAGAACGAAAGAAAAUUCCAAUGGAUAGUAGCAUGCACAAAAACCUUUUAAAUCUUAUGAUAAAGGCUCAGCUGAAGGGUCAUGAGACGUUGCCCCCAGAGGUAGAAAAGGAACUUCACUUAGAAAAUGUAACUGACUGGCGAACUAAAAGAGGAAUUACCGACAAUGAAAUCUUGGCCCAAUGCGUAUUAAUUUUCUUGGCUGGUUACGAAACUACCGCUUCUACUCUUACUUUCUUUACACAUUUGAUGGCAUUAAACCCUGAACACCAAGAAAAAUUGCACCAAGAGAUUGAAGAUGUUUUGGGAGAGGUAAGUAUAUUACAGCUAUUUAGAAAUUUCGUUGCUGAUUUAAUUCAAGAUUUACGAUUUUUGGCGAAUGUGCUAAAAAAAAAAGGUUGGCACUUGCCCUCAAAGUUUGUCCGGGCAAGUGGGGACCUUCAUCAUGCCAAACAGAUAUACUCCAUCGUUGAGACGGUGGCAAAACAAAAUUGCUUGUGUGGAGCCCUAAUAAAACUGGAACAAUUUUUGCUCAUUUGCUUUAUGUUUAUAAACCGCUGUUUCAGGUUGGAUCGUCAGUGCAAUAAGGCAUGCACGAUAAAAGGCGUGAAGAUUCCUGAAAAACUGACCGUCAGAAUCGCUGUGGAUGCUCUACAUUAUAACCCAAAAUACUGGCCAGAACCGGAAAAAUUCAUUCCAGAAAGAUUUAGCGAAGAAGCGAAGUCUAAACAAGUGCCGUUCACCUACUUACCAUUUGGUGAAGGACCAAGAAUGUGUCUUGGAAUGAGACUGGCCAAGCUGGAGUUCAAGAUAGCCGCUGUUGAAAUGAUUCGAAAUUUCAAAAUUCUUCGAUGUGAAAAAACUGAAGACCCUCUUCAAUUAGAUGACGCCUUCUUACUGGCUUCCAAAAACGGAGUCUGGGUGAAGUUUGAACGAAGAUUAAAAAAAUAACUUGAAAUACUGCACUAUUAAAUCAGACUUUUGUGAAAUUAUGUACGAUUUAAUCAUAGAUUGAAAAAGUAAAGUUAUACAAAACAAAAAUUGUUAUUAUAAAACUAGAAAAUAUGAAGAUAAUUUUUUAAUAAAUGCUUCCCUUUCAUCUAACCAACAUCUUUUUCUAUAUAUAUUUUAUUGGUCAUUAAAAAUAAAUCUCAUACAGAUUUUCUCAGAGAGCUAUAAUUCUACAGUUAACAUGUGAAUAAAUUUGUAUUUUUAUUAGUUGUU